UUUGCCUUGGGGGAGGGUUAAAGAAUUAGAAUUAACAGCCUUUGAUUUGUUGGCCAACCAUGAAUUUGACACUACCUAACAUGAUAUAUUUAUUUUCUGCUUUUCUGAUAUACUUGCCAUCAUAUCUAGAGUUUGAGCAUGAAUGUAAGUGCAUUCGUUUUUACUUAGUUUGAGAUUCCAGUGCUAUAUCGCAUGCCAUCUUCAAAUCUCUGAACCAUCUUAUAUCUCGGUUACAACAUCCAGCCAGUCUUGUCAUAUGCAAAGUUAUAGUUUCGGUUUGAUUAGAGGCGCUUAAGACAAGGGAAGUUUGAAUGAGCAGUUGCCCUCUGGCCCCGAAUGAAGCUUAGUGUUCGGAUUGGAAUAAAUGAAGUUUGAAGUGGAAGCUGUCCUUGCUUGUUUCGUUACUUUGAUUUUGAUUCAGCAAGUUCUUUGUGAUGAGUUUUCUAAUUCAUCUGGCGCAAACAAAUGGACAUGCACAUGCUCUUCCUUGUAUCCUGGAAAACAAAGCGAAGUUCUUAAAUCUAACUGUUCUAGAUCCUGCAAUUGCAGUCCAGUUCAACCAAAUGGAGAUAGAUGGAAAUGCUUUUGUGAUAGUGAUGGAUUCCCCAAAGUAGCAGUCGACAAUCGUGAUACUACCUGUUUUACUGCCUGCAACUGCACUGCCGGAUCCUUUCCUGAGGCGCCAGUGAGAAAGAACUAUGCUAACAGAGUUGUUGUGAUUGUUCUAUUACUCUGCGUAAUUCUCACAACGUUGGCAUUUCUUGCUUCGUUAACAUGCUAUUUCUAUCAAAAGGACAAGUGCCGAAAGUGCCCCAUCCAACCGUCAACAUUCUCGUCAGAUAAAGGAACUAGUUGCAACAGUGCUACCAACUUAAUAAGUAACAAGACUUCAUCUGCAGAAACUAAGGCUAACAUCAGUUUCGCUACUAAACCCAUUGCAGGAUGCUUCCAAAAGGCUUCAAUCCUUUGUUGGCGCAAAACGGGGAACAUGCUUGGAACAAUUUGCCAGUUUGCCUACUCUGAACUGGAAAAUGCAACCAAUAAGUUCUCAAAUUCCAAUCUAAUAGGACUUGGAGGAAGUAGCUAUGUGUAUCGGGGCCAGCUCAAGGAUGGAAGAAUUGUUGCAGUCAAGCGGCUUAAAAUUCAAGGAGGCCCUGAUGCAGAUUCCAUCUUUUCAACUGAGGUUGAGCUGUUGUCAAGGCUGCAUCACUGUCACGUUGUGCCCUUGCUUGGUUACUGUUCAGAAUUCAGUGGGAAACAUGCCGAGAGACUGCUGGUAUUCGAAUACAUGCCUAAUGGUAAUCUGAGGGAUUGUUUGGAUGGAAUUUCAGGGGAGACCACGUCCUGGGAAACUCGUAUUGCGAUCGCUAUUGGUGCUGCAAGGGGCUUGGAAUAUCUCCACGAAGCUGCUGCUCCUAGAAUUUUGCAUAGAGAUGUAAAAUCAUCGAAUAUUCUUCUUGAUAAGAACUGGAGAGCAAAAAUUACUGAUCUUGGUAUGGCCAAACGUUUAAGAGCUGAUGGACUUCCCAGCUGUUCGAAUUCUCCAGCGAGAAUGCAGGGAACCUUUGGCUAUUUUGCCCCAGAAUAUGCAAUUGUUGGAAAAGCCUCACCUAUGUCUGAUGUUUUUAGUUUCGGUGUAGUUCUUCUGGAACUGAUCACUGGUCGGCAACCCAUCCACAAAUCUAAAAAUAAAGAAGAAAGUCUUGUCAUUUGGGCUACCCCUCGUUUACAGGAUAGUAAGCGAGUGACCUCGGAGUUACCUGACACACGUUUGAAAGGGAAUUUUCCGGAAGAAGAGAUGCAGAUAAUGGCUUACCUAGCAAAAGAGUGCUUGCUGUUGGACCCCGAUGCUCGACCUACAAUGAGCGAGGUUGUGCAAAUCCUCUCAACUAUUGCUCCAGAUAAAUCGAAACGAAGAAAUAUUCCUGUAAACUUUUACCAGAUGCCAUCCGCCUACAAAACGAAUAAUGAAGCUUUUCUCGAAAGACAUCAAACCGUAAUCGAGGAUUUAUAUGACGCAGAGGAACACAUGCCAAGUACAUCGAAGUCAGCAGAGAGCUCGCGGCCAUCAAGCAUGAAUGAUAUUAGAAUCGCCGGCAAACAAACAGUUACCCUUCCUGCCGAGUGCAUGGAGAGGCUGGUUUUUUUGAGUUCCAGUACUAGGAGUUUGCAUGUCCACGAUGAUGAAGCGGUAGACUUAAUAGAGCCGCGGUUUGAAUCGUUCCGUAUGGCAAACCUUAAGUCCCAAUGAGAAGAACAAUCCAAGCUGACAAAGGUUAACAUAUUUUACACCCAAGUUUGCAUUUUUGGUUUCUUCAUGGUGUGGUACAUUUGUAGAGGAAAUGAUCCAUUUGAAAAAUAGGCCAAAUGAAGAUAAUGAAGAUUGUGUUAGAAUGAGGUGGAUAUAGUUUUCCAUUGAUUGCAUUUCAUGCCUUUUUUGUACAGAACAGCUACACAAAAUUGAAAAUUAAUCAAUUUUCAGAUCAAAAUUUCAGUAAA